UGCUAUAAAUAAAGGAAAUCUUUGCACUUCACUCGCAUUCACAUCUCUGAUCUCUGACGUCCAACAACCAGAAACAUGGAGAGACUUUUUGUCGGAUGUUUUUUGCUCAUACAUUUCAUCCAAAGCUCAUCAGCUUACAGACCGCUACAUAAUGAUGUUUGCUUUCUCCAAGUGGACGAAGGACCGUGUUUAGAUGAUGUGCCGCGUUUUUACUACAACACGCUCACUCAGAGCUGUGAGGAGUUCAGCUACGGCGGCUGCGAAGGAAACGCCAACAACUUUAAGUCUUAUGAGGCGUGCUAUAAAACCUGCUUCUCAAUUCCGAAAAUUCCUUCAAUCUGUCGACUUCCAGUGGAAAAGGGGCUAUGCUUCGCCAUUUCCACUCGCUAUUUUUUCAACAUGGCCUCCAUGCAGUGUCAAGCGUUCACCUAUGGAGGCUGCGGUGGAAAUAAUAACAACUUCCCUGAUCACAUUUCUUGCAUGGAAUACUGCAGGCCCCCAAAGUUGGUCCCUGUGAUUUGUCUGGAGGGCUUGGACAAAGGAACAGGCAGUGAAUCUUUCACAAGAUACUACUAUGACUCUACAAAAAAAACAUGUAAAGAGUUUGAGUACACAGGACAUGGAGGAAACAACAACAAUUUUGUCGCCAUGAAAACCUGCAUGUCAGUUUGUUCUAAAAGAAAACCAAAGAGACAAAGUGGUCAAGCUGUAAGAAUUUUUCGAAAAAGAGUAGAAUGAGCACUGGGCUUUAUUUCUCCAACUGGAUGUGCUAUUGUAUGCUUAAACUUCCUAAUCUCAGUAUAAUGUGAAUCGAUUGUACUACAUGUUAUGUCUUUUAAAUUUUGACUACUGUAUGUAAUUUUACAUAUGCAGAUAAGUUAUGUUAUACUAUAAGUACAUACAUGUUUACAUUUAUAUAUUACAUAUACUGUACAUGUAACGUUAUGUUCACAAAAAUGGCCUGCUUAUAUAUUUUAGUGUUUACAUUUUUGUUUAAUAUUUGAAUAAUUUUGUAUUGUGUAAAUUUUCAGUUUCUGUCUCAUAAGCCGCUGUAAUAUUGUACAAAAAUAUCUAUCUAUCUAUCUAUCUAUCUAUCUAUCUAUCUAUCUAUCAAAUCGAAAAAUAAAUUUAUUUUCUUUAAUACUGUUAAAAUCUAAAUUAAUUUGAAACUUAAAUAAAAAAUGCCACAGUUUUCAUUAAAACUGUACAAGCAUUGUGAGAAUAAAAUAAAAAGAGUUUUAAAAAGAAGAAAUUAAUAUGAAUUAGCUGAUAUUUUGGACACUAUAUGGCCAAAACAUUUUUUUGCAAAUCCUAUAGAAGCAACACUCUAACUUAAAAUUAUUUGUAUACAUUUCUGUUGGUGAUGCACCUGGUAAAAACCUGGUAAAAUUGGAUUCUUCAAGAUAUAUUUUAAGUCUGAAAUUAUGUUCAUGAGAAAUGAAAAUAACAGAUGGUUAUAUCUUUUGGUCUUAUGAUUAUACCUGUGUCAUCAAGAAUGGAAAAUACUUAAGUAAUUGUACUUUGUUACUACAAUUGUUCUAUUAUGUUUUUGGUAUUUAUUCUGUAUUUAUUUUGAAAUAAUAAUUCAAAAGAAUAAUUGUUACACAUCUUUGAAGCCCCUAAUUGUUUCAUUCUUAAUUAGUCAGUUAGUUAAACUUUUUUACUUUUAAAUACCUGAGUAAAUUAAAAUGAUCUGUAAAUAUCUAAGUACUUCUUCCACCUCUGAUUUAUUGCAUACAAUUUUUGUCAAGGGAUGUGCCUAGUGGUUAAGGUGCUGGACACCCAUCAAAAGGUUGUAAGAUUGAUUCCCAAGUCCACCAGGCUGCCACUGCUGGGCCCCUGAGCAAGGCCCUUAACCCUCAGUUGCUCAGUUGUAUAAAAUUAGAUAAAAAUAAGUUGCUCUGGAUAAGGGUGUCUGAUAAAUUCUGGAAAUGUAAAUGUCCUCUCAGCUGUCUGUAUGUUAUACUGGCAUCCUUAGGCCUAUACUUCACAGUAUAUACAUAGCUGUGAUUACAAUAAAGAUUUAUUUGACUAAUACACAGUGUGGGGAAUUCCCCAUAUAUUUUCAAAUAAUAAAAAAAUAAGCACUUUUAA